UGCAAAACUUUGAUCCUUCUCCGUUUCCCGACCCGGUUUCCAGGUGAAUGGCGCAAGUGACGCCGUUAUAAAUGGUGCGCACAUGCUUCCGCGCCUGUGCUAGUUCACCGCAUCACCUCGCACGCCCUGGAGCCACAUGUGCCAGGUAGACUCCCGAAGCCUCUGAAUAGCAAGGAGACAGAUUGAAUCCUCAGGCACCUUCAUAUCGAAGCGUGUACAACCCCGGUCCCGUCGCGAUGGCCAACCUCGGCGAUCCGCAGCUAGUGGGCGACAAGGCCGUGGAAGAGCGCGCCGAUUACUCUGUCGGCACCGCUUUCGACUCCCCACUGAGAGACUUUCGCCAAUGGUUUGGGGGUCCAGGGGUGAAUGUUGGGCCUCGCAUCAGCUCUGUGGUUGUCACUUCAGUUGCCGAUUCCGACAACGAAAGUAGCGCCGCCAUUCUCGACAAGCAGCUAGCCCUCGAGGCCAAUGCAGCUAUCCAGUACCGGACCUGUAGCUGGCAAAAGACCGCAGCGCUGCUAUUCUCCGAGUAUAUUUGCCUAGCAAUCAUGAGCUUCCCAUGGUCGUAUAGUGUGCUUGGUCUCGUCCCUGGCCUCAUACUCACCGUACUUGUUGCUCUUGUUGUCCUCUACACGUCAUUAAUUCUCUGGGAAUUCUGCCUUCGCCACCCCGAGGUCCGCGAUGUCUGUGACAUUGGGCAGAUGUUGUUCUGGGGAAAGAAGUGGGCGUGGUAUGCGACCGCUGUUAUGUUCCUCCUGAAUAAUACGUUUAUCCAGGGGCUACACGUCCUGGUCGGCGCCAAGUACCUAAACACCAUGACCGCGACUGACGACACGGUCAGGUGCCGUACGGUCAGCUACGGAAUCAUCAUCGCCAUAGUCUGCUGGCUGUCGUCUCUUCCGAGAACCUUCAACAUGCUUUCAAAGCUGGGAACAGCGUCCGCCGCCUUCACCUUCGUCUCCGUGCUGCUCGCAGCCGUUUUUGCAGGGGUCCAAAAGCUCCCCGCGGGCUACGACCCUCGGCCAUCCUACACGACCCCGGCCGGGGUUGUCAAGGUCGGCGGAGACCCCAUCGUCACGGCCUUCCCCGUCGCCAGCACUACUACGUUCGUCAUGGGCCUGAGUGCGUUUCUCAACAUCAGCUACACCUUCAUUGGUCAAAUCACCCUCCCCAGCUUCAUCGCGGAGAUGAAGGAUCCGAGAGACUUCCCCAAGGCGCUGUGGGCCUGCACCAUUGCCGAAAUCUUCGUCUUCAGCAUCGUCGGCAGUGUCGUCUACGCCUACACCGGGAACCAGUACAUGACGGCCCCUGCGUUCGGCCAGCUCAACGAUGUUUACAAGAAGGUCGCCUUCUCCUUCAUGAUCCCCACCAUCGUGUUCCUCGGCGUUCUCUAUGCUUCCGUCUCGGCACGGUUCAUCUUCUUCCGCAUCUUUGAGAACUCGAGGCACAAAAAUGAGCAUACCGUGGUUGGCUGGGCCUCUUGGGCAGGCAUUCUAGGCGCGACUUGGCUUCUCGCAUUCAUCAUUGCAGAGGUUAUCCCUUUCUUCUCUGAUCUCCUCUCUCUCAUGUCAUCGCUUUUCGACAGCUUCUUCGGGUUCAUCUUCUGGGGCGUCGCGUACUUCCGCAUGCGUUCCGUGGACGGAAAGGUGACACUAGUGAAAGACAGAUCGCUGACCGGGUAUGCCCUCUUCGGGUUAAACGUUUUCAUCAUACUGGUUGGCGUCUUCUUUCUCACAGUGGGCACCUAUGCAACGGUGCAAAGUAUCAUCGAUUCGUUUCAUUCAGGGACCGUGGGAACUGUCUUCACUUGCGCGAGCAAUGGUCUUUGAGGUAGCCGCUACUGUUUAUGCUGAAUACCAACCCAGCUUUUAUUUAUGAGCCAGGGUAGUGUCUAAAUCCAGAUACCCGCCAACACCCUGCCGCCCUUUCCUAGUCAGGAAGCCUCUGGCCAGUAAGCCGUUAUGAAUAGUACUUUGCGG